AUGCCAGAUAGUUGGGCGGUUCCGUGUGUUGUCGACGAAUCACGCCACUGCAAAUCCGAUGAGGAAUGUAGCGACUCAGGAAUUCCCAUGGGAGCGGGCGGUAUUCCAUCGCCAACGUACAAUUCGAAUCCUUUGUCACCCGAUGAUCGGGUGGAAGGUUGCGUCAACAUGGGUGACGAACCCGAAGCAGCUGCCAUGUUUGACUUGGACGCCCUUAUUAGACACGUCGUACGUCCCUCAGAUGGAUGGGGAAGUCCUUGA